GUAUUUAAAAUAAUAUGUCUGUUAAUAAAUGUGUGAACAAAUUGUGUGAAGUUUGCGGAGACAACAAAGGAGUCGGCCGAAAUUUUGCUGGCAUUACCUGUAAAUCAUGUAAAGAAUUCUUUCGGAGAACUGCAUUGAAAACUAUUACAUUUGAAUGUCCCGCAGAAAGUAAAUGCCAUAUAAAUCGGUCGACAAGAAAGUUGUGCCAAAAAUGUAGACUUAAUAAAUGUUUUGACGUUGGAAUGAAAAAAGAAUUCAUUCGAAACGAUGAGGAAAACAGGACUCGAAGGCAAUUAAUAAUCAAAAAUAAGCUCAAACUUAUUCAAGACAUAGAGAGUGACGAUAACACUAUCGACAAUAGUAUCAACGACUCAAGUGAUGGCCAAAGUAUUGGCGACAAAGACUUAUUGCAAGAACUGAUUGAAACAACUAUUGAUUUAAGUGAUGAUGAAAUCCACAAAGAAAUAAAUGUAAUGCAAUGUAUGGCCACAAACAACACCAUCGAUGACCGGGAAGUGGUUCAAGUGUUUAGCAAAACACGUGACUACGAUAUCAAACCCGUGUUUCGAGAGCUCACAGAUUAUAACGGCUUGAAUCAGCUCGAGAUGUGUCGGGUGUCGGAGCUGUUGACCGCAUCCCAAGUGUUGAAGGAUUGGAUGACACAAUCGGUGCCCAAAAAUAUUUUUAUCGUGAAAAAGAGCUCAACAUUAUAUCAAUUAAUGAGAAACCGAUACGAGUGGGUGAUUGAAAAGUUCGCUACAUUUACCAAAAUGUUAAACUCGUUCACUUGUAUAGCACCUGAUGAUCAGCUCUCGCUAUUCAAGUACUCAUGCGUUGAGUUGUCAUGCCUGAAAAUGUUUACCGAGUUUAAUGAACAAAGCAUGAUGUUCAAUAUGAGCUUGCUGAUGACAAUUUUACUAUUUAAUCCAAACCGGCCGGACCUGAAGUACAGGCAUUAUGUCAAACUCGAACAACAACUGUAUAUAUAUUUACUGCAAAGAUAUCUACUAUUAAAAUACGGAUCCAAUUAUGAAUCGGAGACAAAACUUCAACGACUAAUGAAUUCAUUGAAAGAUUUGAGAAUUUGUAGUGAAAUCCAUAAAAUGAAUGAAACCGAAGAAAUACGAGAAGAUUUGCAAAACUAUGGACCACUUGUUAAAGAGGUCUAUGACUUAUAAUAUU